AUGCAAGCAAUUAAGUGUGUAGUAGUUGGUAACGGAGGUGUGGGUAAAACAAGUCUAUUAAAGUGUUAUACGACGGACAGACUCCUCGACGACCUCUGUUGGACGGCCUAUAUUUCUGACUGUUAUUCCGCUAAUGUGAUGGUCGACGGAGAGUCCGUUAAUCUAGACCUCUGGGAUACGAUUGGUCAGGAGGACUACGACCGACUGCGGCCCCUAUUAUACCGGCAAACCGACGUUUUUCUCAUAUGCUAUUCGGUAGACAACCCGUCGUCCUUUGAAAACGUACGGAUCAAAUGGUAUCCGGAAGUGCGACACCACUGUCCCGACAAACCCAUUAUACUGGUGGGCACUAAACUGGACCUCCGGGACAAUCCCGAAACAAUAGACAAGCUUAAGGAACGUAAACAGACACCCAUUACUUACCCCCAGGUCCUGGCCAUGACUAAGGAUAUCGGCGCCGUUAAGUACUUGGAGUGCUCGACCCUCACAGGGGAAGGCCUUAAGGAUGUG